AUGGGUUUUGUUAAAACCUCGCCGCCCCCUUCGUCUUCCCGUGCUUCACUGACAUCUUCGUUGAUCACUCGUGUUGUCCGUUCUGCGCCCAGCAGAGUUUACUCAUCGCAUCGCAGAAGAAGAAACAAAAGCGUUAGCUUCCUUAAUGUGGAGGCUUCAAACGGCACCCCCGCCCUCCGCUGCAAUCAUUGGGAAGAAACACGCUAUGGAGGUGAUGCCGCAAGCGAUGCAGGACCAGUGGCACUGAAUGAUCGCUGGCUAGAACCGGCGCGUUUCUGGGACCAUCACCCUCAGAAGCGCGUGCGGUUCAGUCGAUCUCCAGUUGCCAGGGCAUCGCUCAACGAGACUCCAUCGAUAUCCCCAUCUCGAUCAGCAUCCCCCAUAGUACAGGGGCUCAAGUGUUCUGGCGACAUUGCAUCUACAACCGAAUCCUCCCCCCAUUUACCCUCAUCGACACGUGUCCAGACAUCCUUACUCCCGUCAACCUCCAGCGUAUUCUUCGUCAGGGCGCCCCCCGCCCCACCACCAUCGGCACAUGGGAGCGAUGUCGAAGACAACGACACUCAACCUGCAACGUCUCGAUCAUCCGGGAUUGCGGGGCUUCCCACGUCGGGCGUUUCUCCCCGUGACGUGGGGCUUCCAGCUUCCACUUCCGCAUUUUCGCUUGGGGCCAUGGAUGAAGCACUCAGCCGACUUCAAGACUCCGAUACCGGCCAAAGCCACGAAGACGGUCUCCAUGACUCAGAUGGGGAAGGGGUGUGGCCCGGGGGUUACGGUACCGUGUCUACAUUACGGAGUCCCCCUCAUAUCCAGGACGCAAGCUACUUCAUGCUCAAAAUGCAAGCCUGGGAGGAACGAUGCGGCCAUAUCAGUCAGUUUGUUCGUGAGAGAACACUAGAUGACCAGUCAAGACGUGCAAGUAUGAUAUCUGGGAGCAGCACCUAUUUAUCUGGGCCAGGGGUGCGGGGUCGGAAGAGAACUUUUACGGAGCACCAAUGCGAUUUGGACAACGAGCCGGAUGUCGCUGAUGACUCUGAAAGCGAUGAACAUCCGUAUCGUGACUCCUGGUUCUGUCGAGAAUCACGGACUGACAUUGGCGUCUCGGCCCUUAUGGAUACCGAUGAUGAACUGAUACACGCCACUCACCAAAAUGUGGAACAAUUUCAUCAUGCCACACCCAAAGCUGCUGCUGCUCUCCUCCGGACCUUACCCUGGCCCACUUCACCUAGCUCAACCUCAUCAUCGUUAACUGAGUCUUCUGUUUCGACGCCUCACUCUGCGCUCUUAUCCUCACAACCCUUGAGUGAUCGAUCUUCCAUUUGGCUUCCCUCCAAGGAAAUCUCUUGCAUCUUGCAACCGACGAACGUAGCUCUCACUGGAAGCACCUUCAUGCCUGGAGGGGAACAGGGUGAUAUGGAUAUGUAG